AUGGAGUGCGAACUGGAUCGAAUCGACAUGAUCAAUCCUGGAAUACAACACUACUCGUAUAAUGACAUUGCGUUCGCCCCGGCAUCCACCGCGCACGGGACCUACUACGACGGAGAGCAGGAUGACGUGGAGAAUCUGGACGAGUACCAAGAAGGCGGCUAUCACCCCGUACACAUAAACGACUACUUGGGCACGAAAAGAUAUCGCGUCAUUCACAAACUUGGCCACGGCGCAUUCGGCAUCGUGUGGCUGUGUCGGGACCACCAGCUUCAUCGAUACGUCGCUGUCAAGGUCAUGACAGCGGAUGUGUCGCUGGAAAGAGUGCCCGAGAUAUCUAUCCUGAAGCAUCUUGACCAAGCGAAUCCCGGGGCGCGGUACAUUGCCUUGCCGUUGGACAGCUUCGAAAUCCACGGGCCAAACGGCACGCAUCAGUGCAUCGUCUCGCCGCUGCUGGGCCAGUGUGUCUCGCCAGUCCUGUGGCAGCGACUGGAGUACCCGGGUCUUGUUCUCAGAAAUCUGUGCCACCAAGCGGUGCUGGCCUUGAACUGUUUGCAUGAGAGCGGCGUCGGCCAUGGAGAUUUCCGGCCAUCAAACAUCCUGCUGAAAGUUUCUGGGCUAGAUAACCUCAGAGAGGACGAGCUUCUCUCGCAGAUAGGAUAUCCAGAGCCAGGCAACGUCGUUGCCGAAGAUGGCGCACCCCUGCCGCCCUUCUCUCCGAGAUACCUCGUUCCGGCGGCCGACAUGUCGCGACUGGACUCCAAGUAUCUGAGAGAAGAAAUCUGCCUGAUCCGCUUCGGGCAGUCGUACCUCGAGUCCUCGCCGCCGCCCGACUUGGGAACGCCGGAGAACUAUCUGCCGCCAGAGCGACUGAUAGACGACCAAAAGGACAAAGUAGGACUCAGCUGCGACAUUUGGGCGCUGGGCUGCACCCUAUUCGAGAUUCGCCUGCAGACACCGCUGUUUCAUAUGCUGUAUGGGCCAGACGAGGUUCUGAACGAAAUGGUGAGCUUUUUUGGAAAGCUCCCGGAGCCCUGGUGGUCGAGGUGGGAGCAGCACGGGGACUACCGCGACGAGGACGGCAACAUGCUGCGCAGGAGGGUGGACGUGGACGGCGAGCCGUACAGCAUUGACAGCGUGCUGCGGGGGGACAAGUCCAUCAUGAGGACGGUGGAUGGCGUCCUGCAGGUGGUCAAAACGAUGGAGGUGCCGAGGGACGAAAUGGCCGUGUUGAAGGAGCUUUUGUUGAAGAUUUGCGCAUAUGCGCCUGAAAACCGGCCUUGCACAGGAGACAUUUUGCGGGCCGAAUGGUUCAAGAGAUGCAGCUGGUCGUGA